UAUAGCAGAGCGAUGGCUUCAACCAUUUCAACAUCUUCCUCAAUACACAGUAGUCUACAUUCACUCCAAAAGAGUUGAUUUUGAUAGAAAAAGAUGGCUGCUUUCCACUCUCGAUCAAACAGUUUCCCAUCUCCGUCUCAUCCAGUAAUGGACGUUGUCGAAGAGCAUCUGUGCAGGCUAAAGUCAUCAGAAGCCGCAUCAACAUCAGCCACUUCUAUAUGCACAAACUUGGCUAGCCUCAGAGAUUUGCAUGAAGGCAUUAACAGUCUGAUUCAGAUGGCCUCAGUGCAGCAAGCCCUCUCCAAUGAGCAAGACGAGAAUUGGAUAAAUGAGUUGCUGGAGGGAUCUCUCAGGCUUGUCGAUCUUUGUGGAUUUUCUAGAGAUGUUGUGUGCUUAACCAAGGAAUGUGUUCAAGAUCUUGAAUCAUCUAUUCGGAGGCAUAAAGGUGAAACAACCAAAACGAUCGACAUGAAUGUUUAUGUGGCCUCCAGAAAGAAGAUUGAUAAAAUGGUCAACAAGUGCAUCAAGAAUUUGAAAGGCUUCAAUGAAAACUCUACAGCACUCCUUGACAAGGACUAUGAUCUUAAAGCCAUUGGGACGAUGCUGAAAGAGACAGAAGCCCUUGCUUUUUCGAUCUUAAAGUGUGUACUAAUACUCAUGGCUGGGAAAAAGGAAAGAUCAAAGCAAAGAAGUUGGUCAUUGCUUUCCAAGUUCACUCAGACGAGCCGCGUACAUUCUGAGGUCCAGGAAGAAGCUGUUGCAGAGAACUUGUGUUCCUUCGACAUCUUCAAGUCACUAAAAAGCAUGGACAACAUUGCUUUGCAAAACAAGUUGAAAGCAUCAGAAAUGACCAUCGAGAAACUUGAAGAGGAAUUAGAAGCCUUAUUUAGGAGUCUGGUCAAGACUAGAGUUUCUCUUCUUAAUGUGCUUAGCCACUAGCCUCUUUGGCUUGUGUUAAUUUUGACCACAUCAUGCAAUUGUCCAUAUACUUCUGUAAA